UAUAGGACCAUCUCUCUCUUCCUUCCCUAUAAAAGCCAUCUCUCUUCCUCCGUCCACCCCCAUUAGUCCAACAACUAUCGACUGGAACGUAGCGAUGGACGACAUGAAUGCCGAGUACGACUUCUACUGGGAAACUAAGCGCUUCGUGGACUUCGAAGAGCUGGAGAGCUGGGGACUUGAGGAGGCCGUGUCCGCUGGCUACUAUGGUUCUAGUUCCCCUGAUGGUGUCUCUUCGCCGACGCCGGCCAGGGAGCCGCCGCCGGCCACGGCGCCACCGCCGGCCAAGACCAUUGCCAUGGAGAGGAAUCGCCGGAAGAAGCUGGACGAUAAACUUUACGCGCUGCGAAGCAUCGUCCCCAAAAUCACCAAGAUGAACAAGGCGUCCAUCAUAAAGGACGCGAUAGAUUACAUUGUUCAGCUUCAAGAAGAAGAAAGGCAGAUGGAAGCAGAGAUAUCGGAGCUUGAAUCAAAACUCAAACAAGAGUUAACUUCGGUUGACGACGUUGCGCAAUACGAUAAUCUGCGCCUCGUGCAUAGAAAGAAGAAAAGAACUGCGUCUGCUCUAGUUUCACCCAACUCGCCGCCGAUCCAAGUUGUGGAUCUUAAAGUGACUGAAGUUGGGGAGAAAACCAUGGUCAUAAGCAUCACCUGCAACAAGAAGAGAGACACCAUGAUCAAGCUGUGCGAUCUAUUCGAGUCUUUCAACAUCAAGGUCAUCACAGCCAACAUCACCUGCGUUGCCGGCAGCCUCUUGCAUACUCUGUUCAUUCAGAGUGACGAAAUGGGGAGUGCUCAACUGAAGGACAAGAUUGAGACUGCAAUUACAAGAAUUGAUGGCUCAUGGAGUACAACGAGUUCCUCGAGUUAUUAACAACAUGCAUGGAUUCAGCAAGGCUAUUUUGGCCAUAUAUGUGUUUGUUAAAAGUUUAAAAGGAAAAUUGAUCAUAAAAAGGAAAAUUGAUCAAUAAAACCGUCUUUUGUACAGCCUAAGCUUUCAAUUCUGGGACUAGGCCGUUGUUUAGCAAUUAUAAUAGUGUACUAUGUGAUGGAGAUCAAUACAACCUGACUUUUUGAAUUUUAAA